AUGAGUAAUGCUGUUAAAAACCCUAUUGAUGUGGAAGAGCUUAUCAGAUUUUCGCACAGAAUAAGUGCUACUCAUGGCGUAAUCGCUCCGGAUAACUGGACACAGGGAGAUCCCAGACGGCCGUACCCUAACAAGGAAGAGAUACGACGGGGCUACCUAGGACAUAUUGAUGAUGCUGGCAACUUUCGACAGUCACUGUGGGACGCUUUGUCAGAAACUGCAGCAGCUGCCGCCUCCAUUUCUGUUUCUUCCACACCAUCUACCUCCAGUAAUUCAGGCGCAAACAACUCAUCCAGCCAGAAUGUCGGAUUAUCACAAACGCCUGUAUAUCACUCAAAUCAACCCCAGUCCUCAGUAUUGCCUUCAGUUACUUGUUCUCCGAAUAUGAUCUUACCUGGCGUCAACAUGGUUUCUUCACCGAUCUCUAUAUCACAAGCUGGUACUUCAGCUACAUGGGCAGCUUCAAAUGUCAAUCCUGUCGCAGGAACCUCAGAUCUAACUGCUCCUCAAGCCCCAUCCUCCCGUCCACCUUCAACUUCACUAGCUGCUAUGUUGACAGGUGCAAAUGUGAUGGAACCACAUUCCCGUAAUAUGACACUUCCUCCGCCUCCUCUCAAACCUGUGAGCAAUCAAGCACAAGCAAGUCAACCAGUAUCUUUCCGGCCAAACGGUGCUCCGCCCCGACAACCCAGCACCAACACUGGAAUUCGACAAACAUUCCCUACAUCUCCAGCUUCUUCUGGAUCACAACAAAUGCACUACUCACUUGGUGAUACACAUCCAGGUUCUAUGCAGAGUACCAAGCUAUCUCGACCUCAUACUAAACGUCCUCACCAGAAACGCCCAGGAACAGAGUAUAGUGAACUUUCAUCUAAUUCCUCUAGUGAUUCUACUAGUGGUGAAGAAUGA